ACCCAAAGUAGGAGGAAUCUUUCUGGCAACAUGCGUUGGGUCACUUUUCAUGAUUAUAUUGUACUUUCAGAACAUCACGAGGCCAGAGUCUUCUCGGUUCUCCCGUGUGCUGGAGGCAGAGGAAGAAGCAUUACCCUCAGUGGAUUAAAGAGAGGCUGAGGGACUGGGGGCUAGGAAAGCAAAGAGGGACGCUCUUAUCCAGAGCGACUUACAAUAAGUGUAUUCUUCAUACAAGAAGUACAUUCUCCUUUACCACAUACAUGGAAAAGGAACUAAGGAACACCAGGUACUGCCUGUUCCCUAAAAAAACAAGUGAGCAAACAUGGAAAGGAACACUUCCACAGUUUCUUUCUAUGUAUACAUGUGUAAGUGUGUGUGUGUGUGUGUGUGUAUAUAUAUCUAUACAGUUCAUUGGAAUACAAGCGGACCAGUCUGGGAAUCGUCCUCGUAGGUGAUGCAUGGUCAUUCCAGUCCUGUUCCAACUUGUCACUCAGCGUAACGGUAGUGAUUGGUGCUGACACACACACACACACAGGGUCUGAGUCAAAAAUGAUUUGGUUUGGCAACAUCCGCUCUUUCUUGCAUAAUUCUUCAUUUUUUUUGUCCAGUCGAUCAAUUACAUUGAGUGAUAAGUGACAACCCCAAGAUUUCGUGCGAUAGAAGGAGCCAAUGUCAUUUGCCAUAGAGACACUGCUUCGAUCCUUUAAUCUGACCACGAUGGUAGGCAACCUGUUAUCAAUGAUGGUGCUUCUUUUUCCUUUGACCUUGUUAUUACUGAGAAAUCACGUGUUAAAAAAAUAAGGAAGCUGUGCUACAACUCUCAAACCAUAGGCAUUUCCUCAUCUGUGGUUUUUGGGCAUAGUUCAAAAGCCACAAUCUUUUACCUGAAGCAUACAUCAUAAUUAACAUUAGAGGUCAAUGGAUUGGAUGAUGUACUUAGGAUAAAAAUCCACUAAUCCUUGUGUAACACACACAUACUCAUUGAAGCCCUUAACAAAGAGUGUCUACAGUCACCAGCUGUAUAUAUACACACACACACACUUUUCCAGUGUGUUCAGAAAGCAUUCAGACCUGUUCACUCUUUCCACAUUUUGGUGUGUUAGAGCCUAAUUCAAAAAUGUAUAAAUCUUUUUCCUCAUCAAUCUACACACAAUACCCCAUAACGACCAAGCAAAAGAAAAUAAAUAAAUAUAUAUAUCACAUUUACUUCAGUAUUCAGACACCUUUACUCUCUACUUUGUUGGCCGGGGCCCAGUUGUUUAAAAAGUUUAAUCUGGAUCAGAGUGAUCUGGAUUUGGAAAUCCCAUGUUUUGCUAUCCAGGAUCAGGUAAUCAAUUUUUUAUGCCAGUUUUUCAAAGUACCGCUGGAUUGGAUCACCUUAAUCCAGAUACAAUCUUUUCGAGUUUACCAAAUCCGAAUUACCAGUGCUCUUAAUGGGACUACAUAUCACAUUGGAUAGCCAGCAUCGGGUCCCUUUAAGUCUUUUUAUUUGAAGAGAAUGCUCUUUCUCUUUUAAGAAGUGACUUAUAGGCAUCAUCAUCAUCAUCAGAACACUUCCAGACUCUUUUCUGAGCUCUUGUGGCAAUAACUACUGGCUCUACCAAUGAGGAUCCAACUAAUCUAAUCUGAUUUCAGAAUCAUUUUUUCUUUUGAAAAACACAUUUUCAAGAUUUGAUCCAAUCUGAUAGCUGAAAUCUGAUCAGAUUACUUCUGACGAACUGGGCCCAGAUGAUGAGCAGUGCCUGGCUUCCCAGACGUCAUGCUUGGCCGUCAGGCCUAAGAGUUUAAUCAUGGUUUUAUCAGACCAGAAAAUCUUGGUUUCCUUCAGACGUGAUGCUUGGCAUUUUAGGCCAAACAGUUCAAUCUUGGUUUCAUCAGACCAGAGAAUCUUGUUUAUUUAAUGGUCUGAGUCCCUUAGGUGCCUUUUAGGAAACUCCAAGCAGACUGUCACAAGAAUUUUAAUGAGUGGCUUCCAUCUGGCCAUGGUACCAUCAAGGCCUGAUUGGUGGAGUGCUGCAGAGAUGGUUGUCGUUUGGUAACAUUCUUCCAUCUCCCCCCCAGGAACUCUGGAGCUCAGUCUGAGUGACCAUCGGGUUCUUGGUCACCUCCCUGACAACGGCCCUCCUCACCUGAUUGCUCAGUUUGACCGGGCGGCCAGCUCUAGGAAGAGCGUUGGUGGUUCUGAACCACCAUUAAGAAUGGAGGCCACUGUGUCCAAUGGUGCAGAUCUUUUCCCUGUAUCUGUGCAUCGACAGUCCUAUUAAUGUGCUCUACGCAAUGACCUCAUGGCUUGGUUUUAUGCUCUGACAUCCUAUCAACUACUUGACCUUAUAUAUACACAGGUGUUUUACUUUUCCAAAUCAUGUUAAAUCAAUUGAAUUUACCACCAGUGGACUCCAAUCAAGAAACAUCUCAAGGUGUCAUCGGGUCUGAAUACACAUGUAAAUGCAAUAAUGUCAACAACAAAAAACAGUUUUUCAUUUGUCAUUGUGUGUAGAUUAAUGAGGGGAUGAGAAUCUAAUUCAAUCCCUUUUAGAAUAAGGCUGUAACGUAACCAAAUGUGGAAAAAGUUACAGGGUCUGAAUGCUUUCCGAACACAGUGUUCCACAACCCCCUCGUCCAGUAGACAGGAAGAGCACUGCAGAUGAUUGUUCUGUCCCCAUUGUGCAUUUUCCUGAACUAGUAACUGUCUAAAGUAAACGUAGACGACGAGAGUGAACAAAAACGUGUUUCCCUGUAGCGAGUUUCUCUGCGGGCAGAUGCCUUCACACCGCACAAGACCUCACAGCAGCAUGUCCCGUCUGAGAAAGCUGACUCAGCAAGUGGGUUAGUGUACACUUGUCAGUUUACUGAAUGGUGUUAGAUGCACCCAGUGAGCUGGACCAGCCAGGUCAAUGUGAAACUGUGUGUGAAAAUUCUGUGCCACCUCUGGUCACAUCUUUUCAAACUCAUAUUUGGACUUCUAGUAUCAGUUUCUCUCUUCCGACACCGACUAUAGCAGUCCAAAGUCCUGAGAUCCUUUUAGGUUGUGUUUACCAUAAACACAUUGAUGUGUGACACAUCCUGAUCAAAGGAAGGCACUUUCUCAACUAUUCAACAUACUGAUUUCUUCUGGUUUUGUUGUUCGACUUCAAAUGCUUCACAGCAAUAUAAAGUUUCAAAGUUCUUCUUUUUCAAGAUUUUGAUUUAUUUCGGUCUAAACCUCAAAUACUUCACUAUCAAACACUGUUUCGAUUCUGAAUUCUUCUUGUUCCAUCAAAGACCGCCUCCAGAUGCCAUCAGAUAAACGUGAGGGGUUCUACUCUUUCUCGGAACGACUGAGUGAAGUGAGAACAGAAAGUAACGCCAAGCAAUGCGUUGGCCGUACACAAGCCACGGAAGUAAACAAACAAGGCUGGCAGAGGUUCCAAGCCCGCCCACGGGGCCACAGAGAGCUGACUCAGCCACAUGCCACACCUGCUGGGCUUUGUUCCUGCUGAAUAGGCACUUAAGGAAGACUUUAACAUUAAAUUAAUAUUUUAUUCAUUAUUAAGACCUGUUUAGUCAGUUUCCAGGAUUGCUUACUUAUACACCUAUAGUCUUUUAACACUACAGGGGUAAACCGUAAAACCGUAGGUGGUUUUCAGUGAUCUCACAAUAUCUAAUUAGGAGAAGCUAAAAGAUUUUCUAUUGCCUAAAUCCCCAUUUGUAGUUACGCAUGGUAGUUAGAGUUUGUUUUUUUAACUUCCCCUGCUCCGUGCAUUGUGCUUGUGGCUUUCCCCAAAGCGGAAGUUGUUGGUCAUCGUGACGCAAGCCGUCUAGAACUUUUGAGAAAGACAGAUGUCGUGGGGGAAGUUAUUUACUACAGACAGAACAUGUCUCAGCGCAGUUCUUUUUUCGAUACAUCAGCCUUUAUCCGAACACUAUGUGAGACACUUCACUGACACUUCAGUAAGUCAAUUCAUGAACUCGCUCUGAUCUUGUCAACCUCUUAAAUGCUCGACCAAACUGAAUGGUUCAGGAGAAUUCAGCAAUAUAUGAUCCUUUCUAUCCCACAACAUGUUGAUGUUUUUCCACGCUGUCAUUUAAUUUCUAUAACAGAAUAGUUGGUUUGCACCCUGAACACUGAAUAUCUAAAAGCCACAGAAAAUGUGCCUGUGUGAAUGGUAUGACAGAGUAACGUUCCUGUGUGUAGGUAACCAGUUCAUGAGGGCCAAGGUGCCUCAGCGGUUCGUUAUGUAGCCAGUAUAACACAUCCUAUUGGCACUGCGAAACCUGGGCCUUUUUGCUAAAUCGCACUUUCACCUUAGUUUGCGUUGCAGGAAAUAUAUGUGAGAAGAGUCUCAGCUUUAAUCCUUUCGAGUCAUGGAUUCCCUCCAGCAGUUUUGGGAGUGUCUGCGUCUGUAGUCAGUUGGCCAAUAGGCCGGUCCCCCGUCUGGUCCUCUCCAGUUCUCUCCCUCCCUCCCUGCAAGAUGUAAAGCAAUCCUCUGGAUCCACUUACACACGUGUAAAUCCAGCUCCUCUCCUUUUCAGAUUGAAAAGGUCAGUGUGUAAUGUAGUCUUAUAAACACGGGUUCAGAACAACCCAACCCAUAAAUAGUUUGUAUUGUAUUCAAAAAGGAACCUCAUUGAAACCAAAGAACACGGAGCACCUUUCUCUGGUUACUAAAUAAUAUGGACAAUGGGGCCCUUUUUGGAUCAUGAACCAGCUGUGUUUUUCUCUGUCUGUAGCUGAUCAGUUCGGGGGGAAGGACCUUGGCCCUGGGAAGACCGGAAGAAGUCCACUACAGACCCUGUACAACGGUGACCAGUCGGACAUGUCCGCCGUACAGACGUCUCUGCGUGGCCGGCGGGAGCACCUUGAGGAGGCGUGUCUGGCCCACACCCGAAAGAGACGGGUGCUGACCCCGGAGGAUCUCCGCCACCUCAUUGUGGACGAUAAGCACGGCCUGCUCUACUGCUACGUCCCCAAGGUGGCCUGCACCAACUGGAAGCGGGUCCUCAUGGUCCUGACGGGGGACGGGCGUUACCGCGAUCCUCUGGCCAUCCCCGCCAACGAGGCCCACGUGGCGGGCAACCUACGCACGCUCUCGGAGUACUCCACUGCGGAGAUCAACCGCCGGCUGCGCAGCUACCUGAAGUUCGUCUUCGUGCGCGAGCCCUUCGAGCGGCUGGUCUCGGCCUACCGCAACAAGUUCACGCGCAGCUACAACACGGCCUUCCACAAGCGCUACGGCACAAAGAUCAUCAGCCGGCACCGGCCCGACCCGCAGCCGGCGGCACUGGAGCGGGGCGACGACGUCUCCUUCGAGGAGUUCGUGCACUACCUGGUGGACCCGCGCACGCAGCGCGAGGAGCCCUUCAACGAGCACUGGGAGCGGGUCCACUCGCUGUGCCACCCGUGCCUCAUCCACUACGACGUGGUGGGGAAGUACGAGACGCUGGAGCAGGACUCCAGCUCGGUGCUGCGGCUGGCCGGGGCUGAGGGGGAGGUCCGCUUCCCCGCCACGGGCAAGGGCACCAGGACCAACGGGGACAUGGCGGCUCAGUUCUUCAGAAACGUCAGCCCUUUCUACCAGAAGAAGCUGUACAAUCUCUACCGCAUGGACUUCCUGCUUUUCAACUACUCCAACCCGGAGUACUUGAAGUUUAGAUGAGGGUGGCUCUCCGUCAGCCGUGGUGUAGUAAUCAAUCUGUCCGUCUCUGUAAUUUGUAUUCAAUCUGGGUGGGUGUGUACAGCUUGUAAUUAAUGUUCAGUAAUUUAUAGGUGCCUAGCCUGUCGGAUGGGGGGGUGGGGUCCCUGCAUUGUCAGAUAAGUAGUUGACGGCAGAAUUCAGAGGCACUACAUUUAUUCUUUAUUCUUUGAUCCAAGUGAAGCAGGUUCUUCUUUUACAAAUCGAUGGGUUUAGGGUUGUUAAAAAAUUUCUGUGUGUAUCACAGAAUCCCUCUAUAUGCAUUCCUCUUUAUUUAUACGAUUGUAAAGUGUAUUUAUUGUGAGCAGUGACUAUGUCAUGGACAUGAGCUCAUUAUGGGUAGAUUUUCUAAUGCAAUUCUCUCAGCUUGCGCAUCAACCAUGUUUUCUUGGCUCUUGCACUUCUUCUGUUGCCAUAAUGUUCCUCUGAAGGCAACUGUGCCAGAAAAUGUUAAAUAACCAGUAAACAAAAUAAAGUGAAAGCCCUCAAAUCAAAAACACCCCAACCAGCUCAAGAAUAAGCAGGCCUGUACUUUCCAAUGAUAGAAGAAUAAGAUUUUCUGAGGACAAAUGUCAAGCAGUAACGUAAUCAACCCCCAAAGCUCUCAUUGAAACUGUACUGGUCACUAUUUUGCCCUAUUUAACAAAAUAUCUGUCUUUCUAGACACCUGUUUUUUGAUAUUACACGCCAUAGUUGAUUAGUAAACCUCUACUGAUGAACAACUUAUGCUGAUUAUAUUGUGCAGGAUCGUUAAUCACAGGAAAAGAUGCUUUACAGUCACCUCUUUAUUUAGCUCGCAUCAGACUGAGCAAACAGAACAUAGCUGUGGUUUCUGGCAAAGGCAACGCUUCGUCAAAUCACUCGUUGAUCUGUGAAGGGCUAACUACCUGCCUACAAGAAUACUAUAGGUCCAAUCGGUUUCAUUGACUGCGCAAUACAGAAAGAUACGGAUAAGUUUUACGAUUUAACAUUUUACGUUUAGGUGCGGGUAGAUUUUUUUAUGCCUCAAUGAAACCGUUUGCGA